UCUGUAGCCAACUCAAGUCUCUUGAGUUUUGGGUGGCCAGUGGCUUCUGUUGGGAACUACGAGGAGUUGGUGACUGGAGAGCAGGCUAAGCCACUGACAGAGACAAAGUGGGGCUCAAAACGGAUGCAUCUGCUGGGAUCCUUAGGAGAUGAUUCCGCCUUGUCCAGCGUGGGCCUUCCAACUUUGGCCACGUCCCCCACAGAGCGUGGGGGAAGACUGAUAGGAAGUGAGCUCAUGAGUCAGAAGGUUUUGCCUUCAGUGGACCUCACUUUCCCAUUAAAACUUGGCUCCCCUCAUGUGGUUGGUGUCAAGGCUUUGCUGCCCCCUAAGAUCCCGGUCCGAGGUCCUUGGCGGGGAAGGGCCUCCACCUCCUUUGACAGAGGCCGUCCGCAAAGCCUCAAGGGUGCUGCCCGCUCUCGAUCGUUCUCUCCUCCUGCCAAACGUCCCCGCUGGCAUCGUGCUCGGUCUCAGUCUCCAAGGCCUGCCUGGAGGCCCAGCUCGGCCAAGGCAAAUGCCUCGGCCGAGCCUCCACCUCCGUUGCCACAGAGAAAAAAUGGAGUGAGCAGGCAGUUUUACAGACCGGGGACUCUAGCCACCAGAUCACGGACACUCAAGGCACCUGGAAGGAUGGACGUCAGAAAGCCAUGGAGUCCUUACGGCUUGGUGUCGACUGCUAUUUCCUCACCCACAGCCCAGGAAAUCAAUGACCGGUUCUUGCAGGCUCUGGCCGAAAGCUCUGCCGAGAGGGCUGUGAUUGAGAUGUCUCCCUACCAGCGAGAGCUGGCGCGCCUUCGUCUCGAGCGCCUGCGGGUGGAAGAGGCCUGGUUGCUGGAGUUGAAGAGGCAGCAGGAGCUGGAACGGACCCGAGGCCCCAGAGCCAAAUGCUGAGCCUGUUUAAGAAAGACCUGGAGAA